AUGGUGGAUGGUGGAGGUGGUGGUGAUGAUUCUACAAAAAUUCUAUCCUUUAAAGACAUGUGUCUAACAGGAAAAGUCUCUCAAAUAACUCGUCUAACAAUGGAUUUGAUAGAGCAAAAAUUGGCUAAGAUCGAAUUUGAAGAUGGCAAUCCUCUCAAGCCAAAAGUCAUCAUUGAUGAUUCGAUGUUUGAAGGAUUAUAUGCUCUAUGGCAAGAGGCAUUGGUUAUCAAACUUAUAGGUAAGUCCAUUGGUUUUCAUGUUAUGAAAGAACGAUUAACAAGGAUUUGGAAGCUGAAUGCAGGCUUUGAAAUCCUAGAUAUUGACCAUGGAUACUAUAUGAUAACCUUUGACCAGGAAGCAUACAGGGUGAAGCUUAUUGGUGAGGAACCAUGGAUGAUCUUUGAUAAUUAUUUAAUAGUGGAGUUGUGGACUCCAGACUUCAUCUCUCCCGUAGCAAGCAUUAACAAAACUAUGGUUUGGAUACGUUUUCCUGGAUUGAAUCUUGUUUAUUAUGAUGAGACUAUACUUCUAGCCCUGGCCUCUGCAAUAGGUAAGCCUGUCAAAGUGGAUAUCAACCCCAAGGAUGUCAGAAGGGGAAGGUUUGCCAGAGUUUGCAUUGAGGUCAAUCUAACAAAGCCUGUUGUUGGGAGGGUAUGGUUGAAAGAUUUAUGGUACCAUGUUGAGUAUGAAGGUCUCCAUAGAAUUUGUGGAACCUGUGGGUGUUAUGGUCAUCUUAUGAGGGAGUGCAAGGUGGAACCAACAAUGGAAAAAAAUAAUAAUACACAGGGAGUGAACAACGACGGUGCUGGCCAAUUUCAACCUCCAAUAAUGGUGGAAACAACCAUAAGAGGCAAGAUGCCACCAAUCUUGGAGGAAGUCCGAGAGACAAUGAAUGUUACCCCAACAGUUAUGAAUGAUUUGAAUGAGAAUAAUUCUAAUCAUAAACCGGAUUUGGCAGUUACAGAUUCCCCUCUUCAUGGAGAAUGGCUAGUGAUGCAAAGAAGGAAAGCCAAUAAUCAACAGACACAAAACAAGAAAGAGGGCAAGGCAUUUAUGGGCCCAUUUUAG